GGUGGUUUUUGUAGCAGCAGAGGAAGAGAAGCCGCAUCGUAAAGAUGGCUGACAGUGGAGUGACAGAUGGACCAGACAGGAAAGAUGAAAUUGAACGUGCAAAGAGUGAAGGCAAAGAGCUGACCAAAGAGGAGAAGCAACGGCUAAGGAAAGAGAAGAAACAGCAGAAGAAAAACAAAGAGAAAAAAGAUGACAAGGUUUCACAGGAAAGUGAAAAAGAAAAGAAACCAAAGGCUGCUGCACCCCAGCCUCCAGCUCAAUCCUCAACACAGAAAGCUCUUCCAGCAGUGCCUGCUCCUGUCUCAGUUUCCGUGCCUGCCUCAGAGGCUUCUGCCCCAGCAGACAAGUCUGCCAAGAGUAAAGCUGAGCUGAAAGCUGAAAGGAGAGCUCGGCAAGAGGCUGAUAGGGCCAGCAAACAAAACAAGAAAGGGGAGACAGGACAGCAGGCUUUCACAAGCAAACAGAAAGCACCACCUAGUGAGCUGCAGCCAGUGGUGAAGAGGCUCCCAGAACACAUUCAAGUGGACAACCCAGAUGUUUUAAAGAAACUGGCCAAGAAAUUGGAAAGACAACAGAUCCCACUUCGGUCAGACUACGGCUACAAAGUCAGCCUGUUUUCUCAUCUCCAUCAAUACAGUCGCAAAACCCCUCUAACACAGCAGCUCAGCAUUCCUUCCACGGUGAUUCAUCCAGCUAUUGUCCGACUGGGCCUCCAGUAUUCACAAGGUAUCGUGGCAGGAUCCAAUGCUCGCUCGGUUGCCCUGCUGCAUGCAUUCAAACAGGUAAUAAGGGAUUAUACAACACCUCCAAAUGAAGAGCUAUCAAGAGACUUGGUCAACAAGCUGAAACCUUAUAUCAGUUUUUUGAAUCAGUGUCGCCCCCUGUCAGCCAGCAUGGGUAACGCAAUCAAAUACAUAAAGAAAGAGAUCUCCAAUAUUCCCAGUCAGUUUAAGGAAGAAGAGGCGAAGGAAAAACUACUCAGUCGUAUUGAGUUGUACAUUAACGAGAGGAUCACUCUGGCUGCUGAGGCUAUUGCUGAGUACUCCAUAGAAAAGAUCAGUGAUGGAGAUGUCAUCCUAGUUUAUGGAUGCUCGUCCCUGGUCAACCACAUCCUGUAUGAAGCUUUUGAGAAAGGCAGGAAAUUCCGCGUCAUAGUGGUGGACAGCAGGCCUCGGCUUGAAGGCAGGGAGGCCCUGAGGCGCCUAGUCCAGAAAGGCAUCGGCUGCACCUAUGUUCUCAUCUCAGCUGUCUCCUACAUCCUUCCAGAGGUUUCAAAGGUGUUUCUUGGUGCUCAUGCUCUCCUGGCCAAUGGUUACGUCAUGUCUCGAGUGGGGACUUCACAGAUAGCUCUGGUGGCCAAAGCUCUUAAUGUGCCUGUGCUGGUGUGUUGUGAGACUUACAAGUUCUGUGAGAGGGUGCAGACGGAUUCCUUCGUAUCCAAUGAACUCGAUGACCCUGAUGACCUCAUUGUGACCCGUAAAGGUAAGACCCAGCUGGAGAACUGGCAGCAAGUGCUCUCUCUCGGUCUGCUUAACCUAGUGUAUGAUGUCACGCCACCGGAUUUUGUGGAUCUAGUCAUCACGGAACUGGGAAUGAUCCCGUGCACCUCGGUCCCUGUGGUGCUGCGAGUCAAAAAUGUGGACCAGUGAUCUCCAUUUCACAUAAGUUUGUGUGCAUGAAGGCUUGCACACAACACACCAUAUCGUGCUUUUAGCAUGCAAUAAAUGUAUAUCUGAAAUGGCAUAAACUUUUUUUUAAAUGGUGUCUGUGUGUGAUUUUACAGUCUUUUUUUUCUUGGUAAAAGAUGUUAGAUGUUAAUGGAGCCAUCUCAAAAACAAACUUACAGAAUGUUUGAAAAUUACAGCUGAAAUUUAGGCAAAUGAGGGGAGUUUCAUGCCUCCCAUAAAAUAUUCUAUUUUUUUAAUAACCUGAGCAAACAAAACGUGGAGACAUGAACCAGGAAGGUUAAAUUCUCAGCAGAUGGUGUACUUCAUCUCUUAUUUUACAGCUACAUUAAGUUUAUUAUGAAGAAAAGGAAAUUUGAAGAUUUGCACUAACUCUUAUAGUAAUUACUUCAUUAUUAUUACAAUAUUCAACAAUAAUUGCAUUAAUUUUCCGAUUAAUUAAGGAAAGUUGAAGUCAUGUAUUUAACACAUUAGCACCAAACCUAGUUCAUUCAUGAGUUUGGCAAAAUACGAGACUGAGACAACCUAAAUAAUUUUCUUACUUAAUACACUGACAAUUCAUGCACAGCAUGACGGCUAGAAGUAAAUAAAAGAUCUUCAUUUUUAAAUCUUUAUUGGAACCCUAAUUUCUGCUGAAAAGAGAAGAAGAGAUAAUACACAAAAAGGCACAUUUCCAGAUUCUGAAUUGUAACAUUAUUGUGCACUUUUUAUUAUAAUGUAGUUCUGAAAAUAUGAGCAACCAUUUUCUCAGGCUGUUUAUUUUUUUCUGGUUUUCUGUGGUCAUUUUAAACAUUUUGCAUUC